ACCAAUUUUCAUAAAUCGGCCGCUUCCGGAAAUUAUCAAACCAGUGCUCAAAUUGAGGGAAAAGUUAAAUUUUAAACGAAGGCCAUUUGCGAAAUUAUUAAUAAAACUCAAAGCACAAGUUAAGUUUCGCAUUACCACAUCAGAGACAGUAGAUAAAAAAACUGUCUGGAUUGCGUACUUUUAUUGAUUCGUUUACCUGUGACUGUAAAAUAAUCAAUAUUUCCAGUUCACAGACAAACACCAUACAUCAGACUUUCAUUUAAGCUAUUGUAAUGAAUAAUGCAAAAAAAUAGAAAUCGGACAGUUAAACACAACUUUGAAUUUUCAAAGGAAUUCCUUCAAUCUUUACCCGGUGUAGAGAAAUUAAAUUUGAAUGCAAAUGAUAACGAAGUUACGAAGCACAACGAAAGACGUACACCUUCACCAACCUCUUUCGAUUGUGAUAGUCUGACUAAUGAAUCCGAUCUAGAUAUCGUUAGUUUCGGAAAAAGCUCAUCUAGUUCGAUAAGCUGGAGUGAUGAUUUUGAUGGCGAAGCAACAAUUAAAGUACAAUGUGAACUUGAACGAAUGGAAAGAGUUUUACAGGGAAAAGAAGCGAUUCCUCCUCAUUACAACAAGCAAGAAUACAAACAAUGGAUUGAUACAUUUCCACAGAUAAGCAUAAUGGAAAAUUCGAACAAUAGCACCCCUACACAGAAUGAUCAAGUUAACGAUAGAUCUAAUAAAAGCCCAGAAGUGUGUAUCAAACCAUACACUGUUGAACCAGUUGGGACUACGUUCACUGACGUACAUCAUGUUUCAUCGGGCCUUAAAACUUCAAAACCUAUACUGACAAAUUCUAACAACUUAAAGGAAUUUUUGAAAGUAUCACCUAUUCUUUUGGAGGAAUCUGGAUGUAGAUCAAACUAUCUCAGUACCAGACAGCAGUCCUCACAUUCGACUAUACAAUCUACAAAGUGGAUUCGAAGUGAUAAACAGUGUGAUUAUUCCUCAUUACCUUACGUAUCAAGUGCCAAAGCUAAAGUGAACAACUCAUCAAUAAGAAAGAAAUAUAAACUGUCAUCACCUUGUAAAAGUAAUUGUGUUUCACUGCCUCCUAUAAAAACAAUAAGUUUUCCAUCUGCAAAUCAAUGUAAACCGCCUAUAACACCAAGAGUACAGGCUAAAUCUACAUCUUCCGCAACUGUUCCUGUGGAAGUGAAAUUAAAGAGAAAUAAAUUUUUACAUAAAAUUGGUAAUUGUGAUACAGAUCUCAUUAGCUUUCGUAAAUUAUAUAAAUAAGUGUGCUGUGUUUUCUUGAUUUUAAUGUUGUAAUUUGUUAUUAUAUAUCUAAGAUGCCUUGAAACAAAUGAACUCACUAGCAAUUAUUUUUUCAUAUGUACGUAUUGUAUUUAUUGGGUCUAAUUAUGUUUAAUAGGUGAUAAUAAAAUAAUAU